AUGGAGCCGACCAUCGCCCAUCAGACCGUGCGAGUGUCAUGCCUCCCGGCUAACAUGACCGAGGCGGUGUUUGGCAGGGUGCUCGCGGGAUUAACCCCCGUGGUUCGCGAUGGCGAUGAGUUCCAUGCCUCCAACGUCCUCUGUUGGUCUCUGGCCCCAGCCAUUUCGGGCAUAUCGCGUUACCAGAUCGCCACCAUUACUUUCGCCAAGGAUACAAACCUCAAGCAUCUGGCAAGAGCGCUCACGGAUGGAAUUGGCAAAGACGGUGCUCACCUCACGGUGGAACUGCACUUUCUCGGUCCCACGCCCUUGGCAGAUCCGGGAGACCAAGCAGAGAUGGAGCUUUGGUUCAAAGCAUCCGAGGCCAAAGACAGCGACGCAGAUCAGGCGUUCUUCGUCUCCGCCUAUGCGGUCGUCUUCUUCGGAGUGCCGCAGAAAGGCUUCCCUGAGAAGCCGCUCACAGCCAUGGUCAAGGGUCAGCCCAACGAGAGACUUGGGCGAAGCCUGGUCGGGAGUGCUGACCUGCAAGUGGAACUCCAACAACGCGUCGACGAGUGUUUCCAGUUGCCUCGCGCAUGGUCCCUCUCCCUCUACGAAACCAUGCCCGUCCAUCGGAUGAAAAAGUAG